AUGGCCGCCAACGACGACAUCAAGCAGGCCACCACCUCACCCACCACCUCCCCACCGACUAAACCCCCACCAACCCUCUUCUCCCUCCACGCCGAACUCCGCAACGAGAUACACCGCCUCGCCCUGAUCGAAACAAACAGCUUCUGCGUCCGCAACAAGCGCUACCGUGUUCCCGACCUCCUGCAGGUCUGUCAACAGUGUCGCAACGAAGCGUCAAGCAUCUACUAUGGCGAGAACGAAUUCGAGGCUUGCGGGUGUUGUAGUGAGAUGGACCAGGUGCGAUUGACGAAGAGGCGGGUCGAGAGAUUUGGUGGGAAGAUGACGUUGCGUUGA